UGAACAGAAUUUAGUCUCGUUGUCGUUGGCAGUAUACUUAACACAGAAUCUGUGUUUCGACUGAUAUGUUGUUUUUAAGACUUCGACCAUAUUUUUUUCCUUAUCUAUUCGCUGACAGCCUAAGAGGCUAUUCCAGCUACGCCCGGACGGGACUUCGAAGUUCGACCAUAUGUUUGAAGUAGAUGCAGUACGCUACUUGCGCUGGCCUAGUUAAUUCGUAUUUGCGAUGUCGGCUAAUACAAAUGAGAAUUGGCUUCUCGUGGAGUGGAGUGACGGUGGUCGCGAUGUCAUUUAUAUCAAAUCUGUGUUGGAACCGAAUGUUCAAGAAUUGAAGGUCGGCGUUCUGAUAACGGCGAAUAGGAAAGGCGAGCCGCAGAAAGGAAAGCUCAUCGAUCGUGCAAAUGAACGCAAGUCAUUGGAUGCUCGUUUGAAGGAAAUGGACGAGGCCGGUCCUAGUAAUAAAAAGGAAGAAGAACCCCAAGACUUCUCAUCAAGCUCUUCCUCGUGGGUGCCGAGUGAACGAGACAUAUCUACAGAUUCGGAAAGGGAAGCCAGAAAAGCUAGGUUGGAUAAAUAUUUACGGCAAUAUACUAACAAGCGAACCAGCAAGAAAACAUUGACGCCUUCAAAUAAAGUUAGUGAGGUCGUAACGAAGCCGACAAAUAAUAAUGACCCAGUUAAAACCGGUUAUGAUGAAAUAACUAUAGCAAAUUUUCUACAAUCGUUGCGCGCCCAAAAAACGGAGCCGUACCUCCAAAUUACCACAGCACCGAAGAGAAUAAGUAUGGACAGUGAUACCACUCUUAACUUCCACGAAUGGUUCAGGGAACUUUUUAGAUCAUUCGAAAGAGUUAAAUGUGAAACCGCCCCGGAACAUAGGUAUCGUCAAGAAUUUAUUCCGCCACCUAUUAUACCGCCGACAGUAGAAUUUGAACAGACCAACGAAGAAGAUAUAGAGAGCGAGCAUAAUAUGAACGACGAAUCAGAUCGUUCUGACGACAUCGUUCUAAUUACCAACAAACAUGACAGUGCUUUGAAUGUCCUAGAUAAAACUAAUGAAACGAAUAAUGCCACCGAAGUAACGAAAAAAGAAAAAAAAGAAGAUAAAACGGAAUGGGCACCCAUAGGUAGUGGAAAAACUUUGAUACACAUGGACCAGUUCAAAAAAAUUAACUGGUCGUCUUACACGAAAGCGACCCGAACUUUAUUGUUGGCAGUCUUUCCCAGAAGGGUUUUGGCUACUCACUCUCUUACGGGCAAACGGUCACCAGCAUUCCUCAAUAAGCCACCUAAACUAUGUUUGGAUCAGAAAAUAAUCGCGGAUGUUAUCGCGGAGAUAAUCGAGCGGUUUAAUGUGAAAGAAAAUCUAGUCAGGAGUAUCAUAACGACCAAGUGCGCCGAUGAAUGCAAAAUGUGGCGAGCCAGAAAGAUAAAGAAAGAAUCCAAAAAGAACCAAGAAAACAGACCACCUAAAAAGAAUAGCAAAUUCAGAGUGAAGGUUUUGAAUUAAUUUCAUCAUUGUUUUGCUUGUUUUUUUGGGAUGAAGGGAUUUUUGGUGGCACGGAGGCGUUUUUAACUUCACCAGGGUUGGCGAGCACCGACUUAGCUAAGAGGGAGAGAUUUAAUAGCAAUGGCGAGUCAUAUCGAUGGCAGUUCUUUUACUAGUGCAUUUAUCUUUGAAUGAAAAAAGCGACCCACUGUGAAGAUAGGUAUAAUUAUAGGUAUAAACAGUAGGCAGCGGAUUAACUCUGCCCCUGGUAUUGCUGAAGUCCAUGGGCGAUGGUAACCACUCACUAUCAGGUGGGCCGUAUGCCAGUCUGCUUACAAGGGCAAUAAAAAAAAGAUCCGGUGUGAAAAUCAGCGGGUUGAUAUCAUGUGAGUGUAACAUAGUUUGACAAUUACGAUACUAUGGUUGCUGUUGGCGUUAGAACUAGAAACGCCCUACAUCACUGAGUAGGUUAGAAGAUACCUACAUUAGAUGUGCAAUUAGCGGCGACCACAAUAAGGGGGUUAUAUUGUCGCGCAAUAAGAUUAAUUUGCAAUGCCGACUCGUGAAAAACACUUGUGAUUCGGUUUGUAGUAGUACAUUCAGUACUUAAUAUUCAUUGUAUCUCAUUUUAACGACUGCUUUAGAUACUAGAAUUCGAUUAAUAAAAUAAAUGCUGUGUUGAAUUUUUUCAAUCUAAUUGUGUUUUUUUUUCUUAAAUAAAUGACAUGUAAUAUUUUCGAUUGGUUUUUAUUUAAAACGUGAAAAAAAUUAUUCAAAUGACUAGAAAACAUAAUUCGUGAAAUACAUCGUAAUGUUUUUUUGCAUGUGUAAUUGUCCAGUGUAGACAUCAGUUUCCUUGUUGGAAUAUACCGAGCGGAGAGAGAACUAAGUCUGUAUUGGUGCUCGCUAUGACCGCUCUCAUGAGCAUCAUUUCGUCAGGAGUGAAACGCCAACCGCUCAGCUGUCCGAGACUUUGCAGCUUUGGACAGCUCUCCAUCAAUAGCUCAACGGUCUCUAACGAGAGACGUGGCGCGUUCGGAAACCAUAUCCCCUCGAGAUUUUCGAAUUUAUAUCUCCGCAACAUUCUGUGAACGAUAAUAAACUAUAUAAUCAUCACGAUUAUCACAUUAAUGGUUGAAAGGCUAUUAGGUUUAAGCAACAUUUUUCGAUUUUACAGAAAAGCCAUAUAAAGUUUAAAAUUUGGAUAAACUAUUAUCAUCCCCAAAAACUUCUUCACCCAUUUGAAUGGAGACCUCCUCCUUGCGUCGUAUUCCUCACUGCUGAGGGUCGUGACCACCCCUUUGUAUUACUUUCGCACGCACGAUCUUUCUCCAUCUAUUCUUGUCUCGGGCGGUGUGGAGGGCGUUGUGAAAUGUGGAAUCAGGAGCGUUGCGGAUCUGGUCGGACCAACGUAUUGGGCUGCGCCCCCAAGGGCUUUUCCCAUCUACCUUACCGGUCACGAUGAGCCUCUCGAGAUUGAAAGGAGUAAACUUAAUUAAUUGAAGUUCAAUUAAAAACAUCGAAUUGUUGAUGCUAAUACCAAAUAAAACGCUCCUCUAAUUACAAAGAUAUAUGGCGCGUAUUAAACGAAAUGUCACAUAAACGAAAUAGCCUUCCACCCCUCGAUAUAUAGUCAUAGAUCAAGUGAAUAUUUAUUUAAAUCAUUGAUUAAAUAGGUAAGAUUAAUAAAUUAAAUAGGAAUUAUAAAAUUGUUAUAAUAUUUAUGCCUCCUUGACGUAUUGAGCCACGGCGAAAGUCGCUUGCACGAGAGAUGGGAAAGACUAGUUAAGCAGUUGCUUUUAAAUAAAUAUCUAUUGGUCUUAGUCACUAUUGCUGCACAGCUGAAUAAAUACGACUGGCAGGGGCUUAGCAAUGUCUGGACACUGUUUUCCUUGGAAAAACAGUGACUAGUGGCCACGCAAAAUGUGAGGUAUAAUUGGUUUUUGAUUAAUUGAUUUCGAUAGUUGAUGUGCUUGUGGUCUAUCCGAUGGUGAGUAUUCAUGGAGAUCUGUGUUGCCUAAGGGACUAAGCUAUGUCUAUCUACCGCUGAGAGCUUUCGUAAAGGAAGAGAUGACGGGUUCAUCUCAUACGAAUGCUCAGAGCACAAUUUAUGGUACAAUAUACCGAGAAUAUCAAAUCACUCCGCCCGUGAGACCAAGGUUAACUCUGUGCAUCCAUGUUCAAAAACCGCGCGCAAACGCUUUCUCUCUCAUGAGUAAUAUUGAUUACAAGUGAUCCAACAAGAUUAAAACAAUACUCACCGUGCCAUGUCGUUAUCGUCUAACUUGAUCUCAUCGCCUAUAAUUAAUUUCUUAAGUUUCGGGCUGCCGGUCAUCAAAUAUUUUAAACAAGACGAUGUCAGGUUACCCUGUAUUAUUUCAAUAUGCUCCAAUUUAUUGAAUGGAGUUUCUUCUUCGUGUGUUGCCGUUUGUAUUGAAUAAAAUUCUAUGCUUUCCAGGUUUCGACAAGUCUCGGCGAUUCUCGUAAAGUUGAAAGAACCUGACGACCCGGAUAACAUGAGACUUACAAUUUUGUGACCUAUUUUAUCCAAUAAUUGAUGGAGCUCGUGACAUUGGAACUUGUUAAGUUUGAUUUUGUUAACACAGUUCAGCUCUUUAAUCUGUUGUAAUACGCCUUGAUCGGGAUCCUCUAGGUAAAUAGUUUCAAUCAACGGACAAAGAUUCACAAUAGCCUUCAUAGUUUUAUUGUUCGUUUGCUGAUCGUGUAUGUAUUGUAACUUUGUUUUGAAAUUCGGCGGACAAUCCGUGUUGUAAAUGUGCGAAAUAGAUUUACCGACAAACGAAUAACUUCCAAGGUUUGUUAGGUUCGGUAAUCUCCGUAUUAAUAACGCCACGUCUGUGUGGUCAAUGUUUUCUUCGCCAUACAUUCCUAUGUUAAUAACUGUCAAACUUUGCGUCAACUGCGGAUUACCAGAUAGCAUAGCAUCAAUGCCGAUUUCCGUUAUAUCGGUCUCUCCAGAAACAUCAAGCAGUUUUAGUACCUUAUUAUGUUCACCGAUAUAUUUGAGCACUUCGUCAUUAGCGAUAUAGGGUAUAUUUAAAGCAGUUAAAUUAGUGAGAUUCUUAAUGAGCUGAUACAUUAGGGGCAGAUGUUCAUCCUUGACCCAAACUCCUUUUAAAUUUAGCGACGUUAAAUGACGACCUUGUUCAACAAUUAUUUCAAUGACUUUUCUGUAAUACGGAACUGGAAACAUACCGGUCGCUAAACUCUUAAUGUUCUCUUUAAGCAGAAGUUUCAUGGUGUAAUAUCUCACCGAAGGAUCGAGAUAUUCCGACGUUAAUAUUAAGUUGAUAAGAUCCUGGAAGAUAUCUGUUGUAGCGCCCAUACUUUCGUAGUAAGAGGACACCAUAGCGAACAAUAGCUCGGCAUCUUCGUCGGAUGACACCCGAGAUAGGGUAUGUAUCAACUGUCUCGCCACUAGCGACAACGUGAUUUCUUGUAACGGCAAUACCGGACACUUUGGCGACAUUUUCAAACUACACUACGAUCUCCUGUAUUAACACACUUUCACUGUACUAUUUGGGCAUCGCCGCAAUAUGCGCUGCGUCUUAAAAAAAUUCGGGGAAAGAAAUAAACGAAAAA